AUGUCUCGCAUCUGUUCCGCUCAGCUCCACUAUGACAUGGAAUUCAAACAGUGCAAACCACUUUUUUUUUUGGCCGAUAAGAAAAUCACACGAUGCGAUGCCAUCCUUGAUGAUAGGCCAAUUGUGUCCUCGAACACCAAAGUCCCUCGUGGAUCCCGCACAAAGCUCCAUUCCCGCCUGCGGCCAUUGCCCCGCCGCAAUCCCGUCAUUGUGUCCGCACCGGCGCCGGAUCUCAAGGACGAGGAUCGGGAUACCGAGGUCGAAGAGAGCCCCGAGGAUGUCUUUGGAGCAUUCCUGCCUCAUCUUUCCCCAGACGAUGCGCCGUCAAUCCACGGCGAUCCAGGCCAACGCCUCCUCUACUCCUCCCCGCACUAUGGCGACCUCGAAAUCAUGGUCCCCUCUUACCCCGGCCAGAGCGAAAAGUGGACCGAAGAAGUUGCAGUCGGACUGCAAAAAAGCGAGGACGGUGUGAACCAUGUGGAAGAAGGUCGAAAAUUAUUUGCGCAUUUCCUGUGGAGCGCGGCCAUGGUCGUGGCAGAGGGCAUUGAAGAUGCAGAGCCCACCCCCAACUGGAUCGAAUACGAAUGCCAGCAACGAGGCACGAGACAUCUGGACCGCACCGCUCUGCCCUCAUUCAUCUGCGCCCUCGCCAAUGCGUCUACCGUCGUGGCCACCGACCAUCCCUCGUCUCCCGCAUUCGCGGGUGCGAUCAAGUUCAACAUGGACUAUAACCUCCGCAAUCGCCCGUCAAAAACUCAAAUCACCAUUCAGCCACACGCAUGGGGUGUCCUCGACGACACCUCCGCCCGGGAAAAUAAAGGCACUUUCACGCGCAUCAUCGCGGCAGACUGCUACUGGAUGCAAUCCCAGCAUGAAAACCUGGCUCGUACAUUGCAGUGGUUCCAGGCGCCUGGCGGAAAGGUCUGGGUGGUGGCCGGGUUCCAUACAGGACGUGCGAUUGUAGCCGGUUUCUUCGAGACGGCCCUAGAGAACGGGGUUGAGAUUGAGCGUAUCUUUGAGCGCGAUCUAAUUUCCAGAACGGAAGACGGUGAACAGAUCAGGAGAGAGUGGCUUCCCGAGCGCGAAGUCGAGGGACCUGAUAACCGGAGACGCUGGGCCGUGGUUGCAGUAUUGAAGCGCAAGGAGUGA